AUGAGGUUUAUCAAAGAUAGUAAAAUUUACGAUUUUAAGUAUGCCUGCUGUUCAUAUCUCUUGAUAUCUCUAUUCAUAGCAAUGUGCUAAUCCCAAAAGCUAGCAUUCAAAUCUUUGAUGAGCUUACCUACUUCAAAUACUUAAUCUUGCUAAUUAACCGUUGCAAAUGUCACUGGUAAUUUAAUUUUCUAAUUAAAAUAACUAUUAGUGGUGAUAUGUUCUGAUGCAACCUAUUUUUUCAAAACACAAGAUUUAAUUGCUGAUUCCACUUAGGCUUCUAAUAGUAUGCAAACUUAGUCAACAGCAAUAACCCCAUUUUCAUGUCCAAAGCUAAGUUUUGAGUCACAAUUCUAAGGAUCAGUCACAUAUCUAAACGAGUAUUCAGUUUACCGAGCAAGUUUAGACUCAACUGGGAGCAUUCUUAUCACAAAGUUAUUCUUUAUUGAUAGUAGUUGGAUAUCUGGAGACACUAUUAUUGAUGUAUUGGUUACUGAUACUUAUACAGUUUUUUAAAUGGGUAACAACUAUAACUUUUAAGUAUAUGCUCGACCUAAAACCCUAGGCUAGUAAGUUACUAGAGUUAAAACAGGCUCCCUUACAUUUUCAGGUUAUGGUACUAUUGUGCUUCAAUAUUUCUUAUCAGAUGCUUCCACAUAAUUGAUUCAUCUUUAUGUUUCUCCAAAUUAUAACACAAAGGAUAACUUGAUUACAAAGUACUCAUUGGUUUCUACUUCAGUAAGUGGAAGCUUAAGUGAUGUCACUUUUUGGAAGAUUGGCGAAACUAAUGUGAAAACCGCGACAGUUUCAACGAUUGUUGUAAGCAAAAAUUUCAUGGGAUAUGGGUGUGAAUUAUGCAACAACUAUGCAGGGCUAAUUACAUUAUAUGAUUCAAAUACAUUAGCUUAGAUUUUAAGUGUUCCAGGCACAAGUGACAAUCCCUAAUUGGGAAAAGACCUAACUGCAAUAGACACAGGAAGUUAAUUCCAAACAUUCUUUUCUUAAAGUAAUUCUGGAGGAGCUGUAAAUAGCAGACAGUAUUUCUUGAACGAAUUAAAAAUCCUAUAUAAUUAAGACACUAAAACCUAUGGAUAUGAACUGAACACAAAAGUAACAUCAGGCAUGCAAGGAACACCUCAUCUAGAUAUUGAUUUCGGUAUUUACAAUGGACAAGUUAUAUCAAAAUAUAAAGCAUAGAAAUAGCUGUUUGGUUUAUAGACUUGCUCUUAUCAAAGCUAUUAUACAGCAAGCAGCAGAACUUGCACUGCUUGCUCCACUUUUACACUAUUUUCUCAAAAUACUUCUUGUGUCUAAUGCUCAGACCUUUGGUAUGCAACUCAGCGAUAAAAGACUAAUUCCUACUAUCAAUCUUUAAAUGUUAACUUUUGCAAAAAUUUUGAUCCAAAGACAUUACCAGAUUAUAAUUCAAUUGUUAAUGGAGGAGGAACAAACAAUGGAGGUAAUGGAAAUAAUAAUAAUAACAAUGGGGGUGGAGGAAAUACCAACAAUAAUAAUAAUUCAACAUCAGGUGGCGACUCUUCAAGCGGUAUAGGGAUAGGAGGAAUAGUUGCCAUAGUGAUUGUGAUAGUAUUAUUAAUUGGCUUAGCAAUUGGAGGAUAUUUUUUCUACAAAUGGUGGUAAAAUAGAAAGCUGCAAGAAGUUACUAAAAAGAAAAGAGAUGAAAAGAAGGAAAAAUAGGGUCAAGCUCCAAAGAGAAAGAACGCCAAAGAAUUCGAUGAGAAUAGAAUUCAGAAAAAAAUGGAAGCCUAGUAAGUACAAUAGUAUAACUCAAUUAAGAAUACUGAAAGAGAUGUAAAUUCUAAGGGCACUGAAGAUACAAACUAGAAUAAAUUAGAUGACAUUUAACUGGAGAUGGACUAAUAAGAGGCAGAUAUCACUAUUGAGCCUGAAUCUCAAAGAAGAAAAUAGGAUGAUUAAUCAUACAAGAACAAGGCCCAAGAUAUUGACACUUCUUAGUCCCCAAUCAAGUAGCUUCAACCUGCAGCUGGGAGGAUGAAUGCUGCAUAACAGCAGUUAAGCAACCAGAAAGUUAACAACAAAAAGGAAUUAAAUGAGGAUAUAGAACCUAUGGAUGACAUCGAAGAUGAAGAUGAUGAUGACUUUAGUGAUAGUGAUGUGUGA